GGUUGUGUAUUUUUUAUUUUUACUGAUUUUUACACACUAAAUCAAAAUACCUUUGAAAUGAUUGCUGUACCGUUGGAUUCUUAAAAUAUUACUAGGGUUUUCAGGUGCGGCGUUGCGCGGCGCCCGGCCCGGCCCGGUCCGGCCGACUCUACACCCGUGUCGGGCCCGUUAGGUCGUCAUGUCAAACACGACGAUCGUAGGCGAGGAUGACGUUACGCCGUCCCCGGCGGCGGCGGCCGAUGACGGCAUGGGUUCGAGCCAGAACGCCAUCAUCAUCGUCAUGGAUGACGCCACGGGUCAGACGCAGGAGAUUGACGCCGCCACCAUGCAGCAGCUCAUUACGAGUAACCCGGGCGCGGUGAACAUUGUCAGCAUCAGUCCGGACUCACUGCAGCCGGCGGCAGCGGACGCGGCCGAUCCCGUCACCGAGCAGCUGCCGGCGCAGGAUGCCGACCUCAGUGAGUACCGCAGCCCGUACCCGUACCCGUACCCGUACCCGUACCCGUACCCGUACCCGUACCCGUUCCCUUCCCGUAUCCGUCUUUGUUCGACUGGUGUCGAGAGUAUCUGA